AUGAUCCGGCACAAGUCUGCGCUGAACGUCGUUCGCAUCUGGGGCAGGUACGUGGGCCUGCACGACAGGGAUCGCUUUGCGCAGGUGGCCUCGAUGUCCUGGGAUGUCCAUGUCAUCGAGGUUUACGGAACCAUGGCCGCCAGAGCCACGAGCGUAACAUGCCCCGACAUGGUCAAGAAGGGUCCCGACAUGCAGGCGUGGUUGAAGGAGAGACACAUCACUGGCAUGAGUGUGGUGCCCUCCCACUUGCGCACCAUGGCGGGUGGAGGAGCCGAUGUGUCUCGGACGCCGGGCGGGCUUCCACACCUGCGAAUCCUCGAUGUCGGUGGCGAAGCCCUGGGUGCAGAUGUCGUAGAGACCUGGGCACCAGGACGCCAGCUCUUCAACAGCUAUGGACCCUCAGAAAUUUCUGUGGUCUGCACCGGUGGCUACGUGAAGACCGGCGAUGUGAUCACGAUCGGUGCACAGCUGCCAACGUAUCAGUGCUACAUCUUGGAUCCGGAGACAAUGGAAGUGAAAGCCGAGGGCGAGCGUGGUGUCCUCUUUGUGGGAGGCAUUGGUUUAGCACGAGGCUACCUGGAGGAGGAGGAGAAGACAAAGCUCAAGUUCAUUGAACUGCCCGGCAUCGGCCGCGUCUACAACACGGGAGACCUCGCGUCUCGAGCAGUGGACGGCCGCAUUCACUACCACGGCCGAGUGGACUGGCAAGUCAAAGUGCGGGGCAUCCGAAUCGAGUUGGAAGCGCUGGAGCAGGCCAUCACCGAACUUUCCAAUGUGAAGCACUGCGAAGCUCGGGUCUUGGACGGCCAGCGCCUG